GCGAUUGGCCGCUUGAGCAAGCACCCCACAAACAGAUAAGCCGGAUAAACACAACGUCCCUAAGAAACCGUCUCCGACCACCGGCCGGAGAGCAUCAAGAAUCGACGGCGAUCAUGGCCACCACCAUCCUGGGCAGCCUCAAGCUCACGCCAUCCCCACCGCCCUCCGUCGCUGCCGGCGCCUCGGCAACGCCCGGUCGCUCCUCCCUGUAUUUCCACCUCGCCAACGCCGGCGCCGCCGCGCUCGUCGCGGCCUCGCUCCUCGUCGCCGACCCGGCUCUGGCCUUCAAGGGAGGAGGCCCGUACGGGCAGCAGGUGACGCGGGGGCAGGACCUCACCGGCAAGGACUUCAGUGGCCAGACGCUCAUCAGGCAGGACUUCAAGACGUCCAUACUGAGGCAAGCGAACUUCAAAGGCGCGAAGCUGCUCGGCGCGAGCUUCUUUGAUGCAGACCUGACAGGUGCUGAUCUCUCCGAUGCUGAUCUUAGAGGAGCAGACUUCUCACUGGCAAAUGUAACCAAGGUAAAUUUGACAAAUGCCAACUUGGAAGGGGCACUUGCCACAGGAAACACGACCUUCAAAGGAUCCAACAUAUAUGGAGCAGAUUUUACAGAUGUUCCACUCCGAGACGAUCAACGAGAAUACCUCUGCAAAGUUGCUGAUGGGGUCAAUCCAACCACUGGAAACGCCACAAAGGAGACUCUUUUCUGCAAGUGAAGAACAAUAUCUAUAGAGAGGAAGAGACUCGGUAGAGUUCAGGGUGCUGAUUAAGUUAGUUACUGAAUAGUACUGGUAUCUUGCCGUCAUUUUCUCUCUUUUUUCCCCAAGUGCAGAGAGAAGUACACAAUUAGAUGACAUGAAUAAAUAUGCAAAUAAUAAAUAAAAAAGAUUGAAAUGA